GUUUAAUGCUAUGCGACAGUCAAGGCAAGAUGCCCCGACUUUAAAAUUAAAAAGAAGAAAAAAAAUACACAAAGGUUAAAAAUUCUUCUUUUGAGAUCUGUCUUUUUUCUUUAUCAAUCGAUCUGCACUGCCAAACAUCUCCUUAGGUCGAAUUGAGCUUUCAAUCCUCUCCAGUUCCGAUCCAAUUCAAAUGGCGAAAAAUGAAGAAUGUUGUUCUACUCAGCUGAUUGAUGGAGAUGGUGCAUUUAAUGCUACUGGAAUAGAACAAUUUAUCAAGGAGGUGAGAUUGGGGGAAUGUGGACUAUCAUAUGCUGUGGUCUCCAUCAUGGGCCCUCAAAGUAGUGGGAAAAGCACUCUAUUAAAUCAUUUGUUUGGUACCAACUUUAGAGAGAUGGAUGCAUUUAAAGGAAGGUCUCAAACCACUAAGGGUAUUUGGUUAGCUAGAUGUGCUGGCAUUGAACCUUGUACUCUUGUAAUGGACUUAGAGGGUACUGAUGGAAGAGAACGAGGAGAGGAUGAUACAGCGUUUGAGAAACAGAGUGCCCUGUUUGCCCUUGCGGUUUCAGAUAUAGUAUUGAUUAACAUGUGGUGUCAUGAUAUUGGCCGUGAGCAAGCUGCAAAUAAACCUCUUUUGAAGACGGUAUUCCAGGUCAUGAUGCGAUUAUUUAGUCCACGCAAAACAACUUUGAUGUUUGUCAUACGUGAUAAAACAAGGACACCACUGGAGAAUUUAGAACCUGUUCUAAGAGAAGAUAUUCAGAAGAUAUGGGAUGCUGUUCCCAAGCCAGAAGCACACAAGGAAACUCCAUUAAGUGAAUUUUUUAAUGUGGAAGUUGUUGCCCUUUCUAGUUAUGAAGAAAAAGAAGAGCAAUUCAAAGAACAAGUGGCUAACUUGAGGCAACGCUUUUUCCAUUCUAUUGCGCCUGGUGGGCUUGCUGGAGAUCGACGGGGUGUAGUUCCUGCUUCCGGGUUUUCUUUUAGUGCUCAACAAAUCUGGAAAGUCAUCAAGGAGAAUAAGGACCUUGACCUUCCUGCCCACAAGGUCAUGGUUGCUACUGUACGCUGUGAAGAAAUUGCAAAGGAAAAGUUUGCUAAUUUCAGUGCAAAUGAGGAGUGGCGUCAAAUAGAAGACUCUGUACAAUCUAGUCCUGUCUCUGGCUUUGGAAAGAAGCUUAGUUCAACUCUUAAUGCUUGUCUAUUGGAGUAUGAUGAAGAAGCUAUUUAUUUUGAUGAAGGAGUCAGAUCGGCAAAGCGAAAGCAACUUGAAGAAAAAUUGCUACAACUUGUCCAACCAGCAUAUCAAUCUAUGUUAGGACAUAUAAGAUCAGGAGCUCUUGAGAAAUUCAAGGAAGCAUUUGAUAAGGCUUUGAAUGCAGGGGAAGGGUUUUCUUCAGCUGCUCGUACUUGCACUCAGUCUUACAUGGCUUUAUUUGACGAAGGAUGUGCAGAUGCUGUCAUUGAACAAGCAAACUGGGAUUCAUCUAAAGUCAGGGAUAAGCUGCGACGUGAUAUAGAUACACAUGUUGCCUCUGUCCGUGCUGUUAAACUGUCUGAACUCACAUCAUCGUUUGAGGCAAAACUGAACGAGGCAUUAUCAGGACCUGUGGAAGCUCUUUUAGAUGGAGCUAAUAGUGAGACUUGGCCAGCAAUAAGGAAGCUUCUGCAGCGUGAAACAGAAUCAGCUGUUGCUGGCCUCUCUAGUGCACUUGCUGGCUUUGAGAUGGAUGAACAAACUAAGGAUAAAACGCUUACAAGUUUGGAGAAUUAUGCAAGAGGUGUAGUUGAAGCAAAAGCAAAGGAAGAAGCUGGACGAGUCCUGAUCCGCAUGAAAGACAGGUUUUCUAUGUUGUUUAGCCAUGAUGCUGAUUCAAUGCCACGAGUUUGGACUGGAAAAGAAGAUAUUCGAGGAAUUACAAAAACUGCUCGCUCUGCGUCCUUGAAGUUGUUAUCCGUAAUGGUUGCAAUCCGUUUGGAUGAUGAAGUUGAUAAUAUUGAAAGUACCCUAUCAUCUGCUUUGAUGGAUACCAAGAGCAAUGCUGCUGUUACUGAGAGAAGCAUCACAACAUAUGAUCCGCUUGCUUCAAGCACCUGGGAUGAGAUUCCAUCAUCAAGGACAUUGAUCACACCUGUCCAGUGCAAAUCUUUGUGGAGGCAAUUCAAGACAGAGACAGAGUACAGUGUCACUCAAGCCAUUUCUGCUCAGGAAGCCAACAAACGUAACAACAACUGGUUACCACCCCCAUGGGCGAUUGUUGCCCUGAUUGUGCUGGGAUUUAAUGAAUUUAUGACACUUCUGAGAAAUCCCUUGUACCUGGGUUUCAUCUUUGUAGCUUUUUUAUUGGUAAAAGCCUUAUGGGUGCAACUAGACAUUUCUGGUGAAUUUAGCAAUGGAGCUCUUCCUGGGCUUAUUUCUUUGUCUACGAAGUUACUUCCUACGGUUAUGAACCUUAUCAAAAGACUAGCUGAGGAAGGGCAGAUUCCUGCUACUAAUGUUCCUCAGAGAAACCCAGCAUUAGCGGCAAAGACUUACCGGAAUGGAAAUGGCACAACUAGUGAUAUGUCAACUGCUUCAUCUGGGGUAACAAACACAGAAAAUGGGACUGAAUAUUCAAGUGCCUCGAAAGAUGACUAAGUGAAAUCACUCUGUGUUUGGAAAGCACUUCAUUUACUGAUCAAAGAUACCAGUGUUCUGCUUGCAGUUUGGCGGGCAGUUGUACGUGCAUGGUCCGCAAAUUAUCAACUCUUGAAGCAUGGAAGAGAUACAGAUUUUAGAGGCAUUAAUUUUAGUGUAUGUGCCGCAUACAAGGGGCUAGUUGAUUGUGAGAAGGCCCCAUUAAAAUAUUCAAUAGUUCCAAUGUAUUAGUCUAGGUGUUGAUUUUUUUUUUAAUUGGAAAAGCCAUUACAGGUCCUUUGUCUAAACAUUGAUGAUGGUUGAUUAUGCUGUUUCGAAUUCCAUUUUUGUCUUGUAAGAAUUUAAAUUGUGUUUUUUAAUUGUAUUUGUUAUAGUUUGCCGUA